UGCAAUGGUAGGUACGGUAGUCACUCCCUAUUUAGGUUAAACGGGUUAAAAUUGAUUGAAUUACAAAUUAAAUUGCCUUUAUUUCAUAACUUAAAGAUAAAUAGUGAUACAAACGUUCUAAAUCCUACAAAUUAGUCUGUGAUCGUAGUAAUAAGAAAUUUGGAGUAGUUAAUUGUAUCCUAAACACAAUUUUUUAGUCAAUAAACCAAUAACAUAGGAAUGUAAACUAAGAAAUACAUAAUUACAAUGUCGAAAAAUAAAUUAAACCUCACACUACCUCCAGGUGCAAUAGACUUAAAUCCAACAGUAACACCAACGUCUUCAUUUCAAGAAACACCCGUUGCUACUAAUUUAAUAAGAGGGAAUAGUAUAGAAAACUUAACCGCAAGAUUAGAGGAAUUAGAUUCAACCCUUGAAAUGGAUGAUACACAAAGAAAACGAAUAGAAGUUUUCCUCUGUCAAAAGGAAAAGAUUGGUGGAGAGUUUUCUGAUGAUGAUUUCGAGAAACUAGGAGAAUUGGGCUCUGGAAAUGGUGGAGUUGUUACCAAAGUCCGUCACAAAGGAAGCGGUCUGAUAAUGGCUAGAAAACUAAUACACCUUGAGGUUAAACCUGCAAUAAAAAAGCAGAUCAUUCGAGAACUAAAAGUAUUACAUAAAUGCAACUUUGCACACAUUGUAGGCUUUUAUGGAGCCUUUUACAGUGAUGGUGAAAUAAGCAUAUGUAUGGAAUACAUGGAUGCAGGGUCUUUAGACUUGAUUUUAAAAAAAGCUGGUAGAAUUCCAGAAAAUAUUUUGGGGAAAAUUACUUUUGCAGUUCUAAAAGGUCUAAGUUACUUAAGAGAUAAACAUGCUAUUAUGCACAGAGAUGUAAAGCCUAGCAAUAUUCUUAUCAACAGUUCUGGUGAGAUAAAAAUUUGUGAUUUCGGUGUGUCUGGACAGUUGAUAGAUUCUAUGGCUAAUUCUUUUGUUGGAACCAGAAGUUACAUGUCUCCAGAGCGAUUGCAAGGAACCCAUUAUUCAGUACAAAGUGAUAUCUGGUCACUUGGUCUUUCCCUAGUAGAAAUGGCAAUUGGCAUGUAUCCUAUUCCCCCACCUGAUGCAAAAACUUUGGCCUCAAUUUUUGGGCCUAACAAUGAUAGCGAUUCUCCUGAUCACACAAAAGGGCCCCGACCUAUGGCAAUAUUUGAACUUCUUGAUUACAUUGUGAAUGAGCCACCUCCUAAGCUACCUUCAGGCAUAUUUACAGAUAAUUUUAAAGAUUUUGUGGAUAGAUGCUUGAGGAAAAACCCAGAUGAAAGAGCAGACCUUAAAACGUUAAUGAAUCAUGCUUGGAUAAGAAAAGCAGAGUGUGAAGAUGUUGAUAUAGCAGGAUGGGUUUGCAAAACAAUGGAAAUUCAACCUCCCAAUAAAUAGAUUGUACAGUCCUUAAACAAUUUGAAAUUUAUCACAAAAGCAUAGUCACUAGUUCAUUGAAAAUUGUUAAAUAUCAUAUUAUCCAAUAAAAUAUUCCAGUGAUAUAAUCAAUGAGUGAUGUAUAGAGCAUAUAGAGUGCUGGUAAGUUCAAACAUUCAGUACAGCUUUGGGGUGAAUAGUAAAUGGCAUUCACACAUGCACUACUUUUUUCUCUCUUGUAUAUGCAAACGCCAAUACACUCAAAGUGGGACUGAUGGUUUGAUCUUGUCAGCACUAUAUUAUUUUUUAACGAAUUGUAAAUGCAAAUCUUCUUAAUAGUUAAUUAAGUAUAUAAAU